AUGGCCAAGAAGACUGUAGCUUUGUUGAUGUAUGGUGCACAAAUCAUGACUGGCUUGAUGGAAUUCGGAGUAAUAUCAAAUAGUCGAUUAAUUUCAACCUGCCAGACUGUUGUGAAAAACAAGUUUGCGUAUGCAUAUCCCCAAGAAUUCCCUUAUCGAAUGACUCAUGUUUUGGAGUGUGAAUUUUAUCUCCUAGAGAUGAUGGAUUGUUGUUUAGUGUUAUAUCAUCCAUACAGGCCUUUAGUGUAUUAUGUUCAAGAUAUUGGACAAGAAGAAGCACUUCUUCCUAUGGCAUGGAAAGUCAUCAAUGAUAGUCUACGGACAGAUGUAUGUCUACUUUAUCCACCUCAUCAAAUUGCACUAGCAUGCCUACAUAUGGCUUGUGUUAUACUUGGAAAGGAUUGCAAGCAGUGGUUUGCAGAGCUAAAUGUUGACAUGGAAAAGAUUUUGGAAAUAACAAGACAGAUUCUUUCUCUGUAUGAUGCUUGGAAGCAAUUCGAUGAAAAGAAAGAAGUUCCUGCUCUUUUAGCCAAAGUUCCCAAACCUAAAACUCAGCCUACCAGAUAUGUGAAUGGAUCACAAAAUGUAUAUGUUUCGCAUGGAAGUUCUGCAGGCAUAGUGUGUAUGCAGAAGCACAGAUGGCUCUGUGGUAGCGAGGGCUCUGAAAUCAGUCAGUUGGUGAGUAGCAUGCAAGAUGGAAGUAACCCGUGUUGAACAGCAUGCUUACAUCAAAAUAGCCGUUCUCCCAGGGAGAAAUGCGAUGGAAUGUCACAGUGAAUUAGUAUUAGCACUUGGGAUUAAUGCCCUACAAUAUCGUACAGUAGCAUGGUGGGUAGAAAAGUUUCAGCAAGGACGUGUGUCAGCCAGUGAUGCGCAACAUUCGGGACGACCGGUGAGUGUGCGAACCAACUUAGCACGUGCCGUCAUCGAGCACCUCGUGGAUGAAGACAGACGAUGGACAUUACUAGAGUUAAAGAGGGCAAGUGGCAUCGAGAAACACACCGUCCACAGGAUAUUGCAUAAUGAGCUAUCGUCAGAAUCCUUCUCCAGUCAAAUUGAUGGUGAUUGUCGCGUAUGACGUCAGGGCUGUCCUUGUUUGCCACUUUGUUCCUCAUGGCAGAACAGUGACCGCAAAGUACUACAGGGACUUCCUGGUGCGACAGAUACGACGUGGCGUUCGGGAUAAAUGUCCUGAUCUUGUGGACAGUGCAAUAAUUCUGCACAACAAUGCAAGACCACAUAAAACAGAGUGUGUACGGCAGCUACUCCGACGUUGGGGAUGGGAAGAAUUGGAGCAUGCACCGUACUCUCCUGAUCUUUCACCCUGUGGCUUUGAUCACAUUCCCAAGAUUAAGGAACCAAUAUGUGGUGGGCGGUUUGCAACACGGGAGGACAUUGCUAAUGCUGUGCGCCAACAGAUGACCCAAUUCACACAUAUUGCGGCAAAUGCUGAGGCUGAUGGUAUUCAGCGCCUCCCACAUCAUCGGCAGCAUGUGGUGAUAGUAACUGGGGACUACAUUUGAAGGUCUUUAGGCCCAGGUUUGUCAUGUCAACUUUAUGUGUAUUGUGUUAUCCUUCUUUUGCACGGUGAAGGCUAUAUUGCUCUGUAUACUACAGUAAUAAAUUCAUGUGUUACGAUA